AGUCUGGGUAUAAAUUCCUCGCCGCUAUAAAACUUGCUUAUCGGAAGCGACGCGACCUCAGUCGCUGUUAGCGCAGACAAAGCGAUGGCUGACAAGUACCGGCUGCUGCUGAAAAACGCUCGGCAAGUUGUCCAAGUUGUAGACAAUGGACAAAAAAUUGUGAAAGGCGAUUCGAUGAGGCGACUGGCCGUCCUGCAAGGAAACGAUGUUACUUUCAGCAUAGUGGUGAACCAGUUUGGGAGGAUAGCUGCGAUAGACGAAAGCAGCGUCAUCGCCGAGAACUACGAACAAAGCCAGUUUGAAGAAGUUAUCGAUGCCACCGGCUGCUGCGUUCUUCCCGGGCUCGUUGAUUCGCACACGCAUCCUGUAUGGGCAGGGGACCGUGUACACGAAUUUGCGAUGAAGUUGGCCGGCGCAACGUACUUGGAGAUUCAUGAAAAGGGAGGUGGCAUCCACUUCACGGUGGAGCACACGCGCAAGGCCAGCGAGGAGUACCUGCUGGAGGGCCUGGUGGAGCGGCUGGACGCCAUGCUGCGGACCGGCACCACACUGGUCGAGGCCAAGUCCGGCUACGGACUCGACCUGCAGACCGAGCUCAAGAUGCUACACACGAUCGAGAAGGCUCGCCUAAGGACGCCGAUAGAGAUAUCCAGCACCUACUGCGGCGCGCACGCCGUUCCUAAGGGAAAGAGCGCUGAAGAGGCCACCGAGGACAUCGUGACGAGGCAGCUGCCGGAGAUCAAGAGGCGCAUUCUGGAGGGCACGCUGACCGUCGAGAACAUCGAUGUCUUCUGCGAAAAGGGCGUCUUCGACGUCGACAGUUCGCGCAAGAUUCUGCAGGCCGGUCGCGAAGCGGGUCUCAGGCUCAACUUCCAUGCCGAGGAGCUCAACUGGAUUGGCGGAGUCGAGAUGGGGGCGUCUCUAGGCGCCGAGGCCAUGUCGCACCUGGAGUGCGUGUCCAAGGCCGGCAUAGAUGCCAUGGCGAAGGCGGGCAGCGUGGCAGUGGUGCUGCCCACCACGGCGUUCCUGCUGCGGCUCGAGCCGCCACCCGUGCGCCGGCUCAUCGAGGCCGGCGUGGCCGUCUCCCUGGGCUCGGACUUCAACCCAAACGCCUAUUGCCUAGCCAUGCCCAUGGUGAUGUACCUGGCGUGUGUGGUGUGCAAAAUGAGCCUCGAAGAAUCGCUGGUGGCAGCCACCAUAAACGGUGCCGCCUCACUGGGCCGGUCCUCGACACACGGCUCGCUCGAGCUGGGAAAGUGCGCCGACAUGCUCGUGGUGGAGGCGCCCUCCUGGGAGCAUCUGGUGUACCGCUUCGGCUGUCACGACCGCCUCGUCAAAUGGGUCAUCAAGGCCGGAAAGGUGGUCCACGAGAGGGCGAGACCGGUCGAUUACCAGAGCGCAUUCCGCUGGUGACGCGAUGCUUAAACGCGGCUUCACGCGAGAAGUCUUAUGGUGGCUACAAAGCACGGUUUCUUUUCUUUCUUUUUUCUUUCUCGCAAGUGUCGUGGCGAUUGAUAAAGGUAAAAGGAAAUGGUGGAACUUCUGCGGGUUUCUACGAGCAGGUAUACAUUGAUAAGAAAACAGUGACCUUAAUCUUAGUUGUGGUGGGGCCAGUCAAGAUGGCUUAGAAGGACACUAAAGAGAAACCCUAAUCAGUGUAAACUGACACAGUUUUCCUUCAGAACUGCAUUUUGGUUAAUUUCGUGGCAAUAGGUCGACUAUUAGAAGGGAAAAUGAAGAUCACAGGUCCGUCCUCUGAAUUUCGAGCCGAAACACCAACGCCGGUAUGUGAGUGUGACGUCAUAAAUUUCAAAGCAUUUAUUUCGUAUUUGGGUCGCGGUAACUCGGUAAACGUUCGUGAAAUUUGCUAAACUUUUUCAGUCUUUGACUCUUUUAGACUACAAUAAUUUCGCUCCAUUUUAACCCAUAAAAUAUUAACCAGGUCCGCGCAGACGUCACCUGGCAGACCAAACCUUUUAUAAUGAUAAGAGUGGGCUAUUUGGCAUUGUAGAAAGGUAAUUUUCAAAUACAGCUAACAUUAUUUUUUUUAUUUGGUGUCCCUUUAACGAAGUAACUUUUUUAUAUAUUUCUCACCAUAUACCUUGUACAUGUUAUGGGAAAUAAAUUCAAAGUUUAACUCAAA